AUGGUUGGUGUGUUGUUCAUUUUAUUACUAUGCCUCACAAUCUUGGGAGUUAGAGGUGAAGAUCCUUACUUGUUUUUCACAUGGAACAUCACAUAUGGAACCCUUUCUCCUCUAGGAGUUCCCCAGCAAGUCAUUCUCAUCAACGAUCAAUUUCCAGGGCCUGUCAUUAACUCCACCAGCAACAACAACAUUGUCGUCAAUGUCUUCAAUAAUAUUGAUGAGCCUUUUCUCUUGACAUGGAGCGGCAUCCAACAGAGGAAGAACUCUUGGCAAGAGGGAGUUCUUGGAACCAACUGCCCAAUCCCCCCUGGAACCAACCAAACCUAUCGUUUUCAAGUCAAGGACCAGAUAGGCAGCUUCCAUUACUACCCUAGCACAGCCAUGCACAAGGCAGCUGGAGCUUUUGGUGGUCUCCAUAUAAAUAGUCGUCUGCUCAUUCCUGUUCCUUAUGCAGAUCCUGAGGAUGAUUACACUGUCAUUGUUAAUGAUUGGUACACUAAGAGCCAUAAGGCUCUGAGGGAUAUGUUAGAUAAUGGACAAAUUCUUGGCCGACCUGAAGGAGUUCUAAUCAAUGGCAAAAAUGCCAAGGGUGAUGGUAAAGAUAAACCUCUCUUUACUAUGAAACCUAAUAAAACUUACAAGUUUAGAAUUUGCAAUGCUGGGCUCAAGACAACCAUCAACGUUGGGAUCCAAGGCCACACAAUGACGCUUGUCGAGAUGGAGGGCUCCCAUGUGGUUCAGAAUGUUUACGAGUCCAUGGAUGUGCAUGUUGGGCAGUGCAUGGGCGUGCUUGUGACAGCAAACCAGGCACCUAAGGAUUACUAUUUGAUGGCUUCUACUCGAUUUCUGAAAAACGUUGUUUCUGGCAUGGGUAUCAUUCGUUACGCCAAUGGGAAAGGACCACCAUCGCCUGAACUCCCUGACCCACCCGUGGGAUGGGAGUGGUCCCUCAAUCAAUUCCGUUCCCUUCGUUGGAAUCUCACAGCUAGUGCUGCUAGGCCAAAUCCUCAGGGCUCUUAUCAUUAUGGAUCAAUCAACAUCACCCGCACUAUCAAACUCGUAAACACAGUCGGCACAGUAGAAGGCAAGCUUCGUUAUGCUAUUAAUGGAGUUUCCCACAUUAAUCCAGAGACCCCACUCAAACUGGCCGAGUAUUUUGGGAUUGCAGACAAGGUUUUUAAGUAUGAUACAAUUCCUGAUGAACCACCUUCUGAAAGUGGAAAAAUUGUGACAGAGCCCAUUGUCCUUAACAUGACCUUCCGUAACUUUGUAGAAAUCAUAUUUGAAAAUCCUGAGAAGAGCAUGCAAUCGUGGCACUUGGACGGGUACUCCUUCUUCGCAGUCGCAGUUGAGCCUGGAACAUGGUCUCCAGAGAAGAGGAAGCACUACAAUCUUCUUGACGCAGUGAGUAGAACAACAGUGCAAGUGUUCCCCGAAUCCUGGGCUGCAAUCUUGUUGACAUUUGACAACGCUGGAAUGUGGAACUUAAGGUCUGAGUUGUGGGAGAGGACAUAUCUGGGGCAACAGCUUUACGCCAGUGUUCUUUCUCCUGCACGUUCACUUAGGGACGAAUACAAUUUGCCUGACAACGCUUUGCUUUGUGGGCUGGUGAAAGAUUUGCCGAAGCCACCACCUUAUACCAUUUAA